AUGGAUAAAGCCAAAAUACUAAAAUUAUAUGAUGCACGUCUUACAGCAAACUUUGCCUGUUUGUCAGUGAUUGGUGUGCCUUGGUUCCAGGGACCUGUCUUCCUCUACCCAGAAGACACUAAACAUCUUGCUACUACAGUGUUCUAUGAGAAAGAAGUAUUCCAGGGCCAUACUAUUGUCCGUCAAAUGUCUGAUGUGAUUGGUAAAUGUACUGUACUCCACUUCUCGGAUUAUUUAAGAAGUCGUCCUACUGAAAUACCUGAGGAAGACAUCUUUCUUUAUCGAUGUAGAUAUGAAGAAGGCAGAGAGUUCUGGAAAGUUGCUUCCAAGUCUGCACCCAAAAUGUCCAAUAAACAAGUCCCAGCUGAUGAGUGGUAUUUCUUCAAAAAGCCUCUUCAACUGUGGAUGAGUCAAGGUUCACCGUUCCUCCAAGAAGCUCUACAGGAAUGCAUGAAUGCUGUUCCUCCUUCAAGUAGUGAUGAAAAGACUGAAAUUACUACUGAAGGUGAGGAAGAGAAAGAAGAGGAAGACACUGACACUAACGCUAAUACGCCUGAAGUAGAUUCAACCCAUACUGAAGAAAUGGAACCAAAAUCUAGUGUGGAGGAAGUUGCUGAACCUGAUGUGAAUGAAAACAAUUCUGAAACUACAUCACCAGAAACCAAUCAUCAGGAAUAUGAUGGCCAUGAAAGAAGAAUAAAAUUCACAAAUGGUUAUCCAUUCUUUUUAAGAGAAAAGUAUGCUCAAUUCAAAAAAAAGUUUCCAAACAAGACCAUGAGUGAGGUUAGAAGAAUGAUUCAUGGGAAGUGGACAAAGCUGGAUCCAGCAGAACAAAAGAGUUAUCACAUUAAAGCCAGAGAACAAAUACAAAAAACUCUAAACAAAUCUAGUUCCAAAAAAGCAGCAGAGGAAUCCGAGAAAAACAGUAAAGACCACCAUCAACUAAGGACUAAUAUUGUAGUGCCAUCCAUUCUUCAGAUACGGGUGCCAAAAGUGAAAUCUGCAAGUGAUCAAAGGGGAAAACACUGUCGUAGGGGUUUUAAUAUACUUGUAAGGGACAUGCAUAAAACAUUGAAAAGACAAUACCCUGAUAAAGUAAAAAAGGAGCUUAUGAAAAUCAUCCAUGCCAAGUGGCAGACAAUGGAUAAGACUGAACAAGAAGCAUAUCACAGGCGUGCAAGAGAAACUAUGAUAAGAAAACGUCAACGCAAGUAUGGAAGAUCAGCUGUUUCGAUUGCUAGUAUGGAUGAUGAUGAAGAGGAUGAAGAUGUUGAAGUUGAAGAAAACGGAGUGAUUGAAGCCCCUGCUCGAGAUACUAGAAAUGAUCGACAGAAAAAGAAAAUGAAGAAAGCAUUAGGCUAUGCAGUAUUCAUGAAGGAAUGGUACAAAGAGGUGAGCAAACAGCAUCCUGAUAAGAGUCGCUUGGAAGUGUAUCAACUGAUCCAUGAAAAAUGGGAUGCCUUACCACGUCAGGAACAAUUAGAUUAUAAUAUUAGAGCAAAAGGUGGGCCGUUGGUGGUUAGAAAAACUUCACUUAAAACAGGCAUUCGCAUGUCAAGUGCUAAAGCUGCACUUGCACAUAGGCCAAAGGUGGUGAAAGUGGCAAGAGCUUACAGUACCGGCUACAACAUCUACUCUAAAGAGGUAUACCAGGAGAUUAGAAAAGAUAACCCUGGAAGAAGUCACACUGAUGUGAUGAGACUUGUUGGUCAGAAAUGGAAAUCUCUAGGAUUAGACUCACAGAAACAAUACCUGGAAAAGGCACUGACUGCCAGAGGACUGCCAAUUCCAGACGGAUUAGGACAGGUUAAAAAACGUAGAAAAUAUGUAAGACGUCAGAAAACAAACAUACAGAGACUCAAAACAUCCAAGUUUAUCGCUGAUGCUGUAGAUGGUCCAGAUCCUGAUCUUGACCUGGACUUAGAUCCGGAUCUAGACCCAGAUUUUAACCCUGGUCCAGAUUCUUUGUCAAUGUCACAUGAAGCAUUCAAACUGAACACUGCAACAUCUAAAAGCUCCCCUUUCUACAGAUACUAUAAAUGGAUGUCCAAGAGACUUAGCCAUAAAUUUAAAGGCAAACCCAAGGGAUCUCUAAAAAGGUACAUAGUAGGGAAGUGGUUAACGUUAUCUGAAGAAGAAAAAGACCCCUACAAAGAACCAUAUCGUAUACGGCGCCAUGCAAAGAUUCUCCGCUUGGCUGAAAAGAUGAAGAACAACAAAAUUAAAACGGUUAGACAAUUGCUAUCAGAAAAGCGAACAGACUCUGAAGCUAGUGGGACUGAGACUACUGAUAUUAUGCCAGGCGAUUCCGACUCUGGAGAAGUUUUAGAUUUAUCAAGGCCUUUGGAUUUUGAUGAAAAUAUUAAUGAACUUUAUGAUUCUUUCGGUGAAAAACAAGGAAGUCCUGAUUCCAUACCUAUUGGUAGAGCUCAGACCAGAAGUAUUACUUCUUCUUUAAAGAAGGCUGAGAAAGAUAGUACUACCAAUAACACUGAUGCAAGUCUUACACACUCUUCAUCAGAUGUACAGGAACCAGAUAGUAGAAGCAGUUUUGAAGUUAAAUCAUCUUCUACUCAUAAGGACUUGAUUAUUGAAGAUGCUGAAAUGCCUCAGCUAGAACCGCUUCAGAGAGACCCACAGCAUGAUGUUGGUCAUGCAUCUGUUGGCAAUUUGGCUAGUGAUAGUUACAUGGCACCUCCAUGUGGAGAGCUUAUUGCAUCUGCCCACACCAUUUCUACAAAUGAUCAAAUUGCUGUAGAAGCUCGGUUUAGAGAAUUAUGUGAGGAAGAUGAAUCACUGCCACUGCCAGGGUGUGUGCGACUACAGAUGUACAGUGAAGACAUGGAAGAGAAUAUUUCUAUGCUACGAUGUCUUAUUGGACGUUGUGAUUUUGUAUGCAACAAGAGAGCUUGGAUGAAAAUGCACUUGCAAGUAGAACACAAAAAACUGAACAGACAGAGAAGAUCGUCCUGUGGCAGCUCCAGUCGAAGUGCAACUCCUAUGUCUGACAGUACAACAAGAAGUGUUAUGGCAACACCAGAUAAACCACUUCACACUAUAACUGAUCCACAUAAGCUGUCUCUACUCUCACACUUUCCUUUACAUGUUGCUGCUACAAUUUUAAAGGCAGAGGAAGCAUCAAGUAAAGCAGAUUUACCAGCACUACCACCAACAUCAUCAAUGAACAAGAGUAGUGUUAGAGGAGGUUCUGUGUCGAGUCAUCGUGUUGCAAAUUCCAAUGAAUCUCAAUACACAAGUUCCACUGCACGUACUGUAGAAAAGGAUGAAAAGGCUCCUCACUUAACUCGAUCAAGUCCUGAGAUUGUGAAAGUUACAAAAAACAGUUUGAGUUCCUCAAGGGAUUCCAUUCCAGAGCUUAUUCCGGAGAAAUUGAUGACAAAAAUUGAAAAUAAUACAACCACUCCAGUAAGGGAGAAGAAAAAGUUGAUGGAAUCUGAGGAAGGAACAGGACCAGUAGAUCUCACAGUCCCAAUGAAGAAGAGAAAAAUAUCUCCAGAGGCUGCUGGUUUUUUUAAUGACUUAUCUUAUGGUGGUAUUGAUUCAAAAGAAGGUGUGGCUGGUCUUGUUAUAGGAAAGUCUUGGACAGUUUCUCCAAAUGAGCAACAUAUUUGGGUUGAAAAUGACGGCAUAAUCAGAAAACUGAAUUCUCAAGAUGGUUCUCCUCAAAGAAGAAUUGAUAGUUCCAGCAGCUCACUGCCUCCAAGGAGCAAUGCCCAGCCAUCAUAUCCUGGGCACAUUAUGCAUCCCAGGGAUAUGCAAUCAUCUUACUUUGUAUCUAGGUUAAGAGGACAAACUCUAGAACCUUUUUCAAAUGUUAUUGACAAGAGGAAUAGAGGGAGGCCUAGAAGAGGCAUUUCUCCUGAUAGACAUGGUACAUCAGAACAUUUGCCUUCCAGUCAAGGGAUUACAUCCACUGCAAACUCUUCUGAUUCAGCUUAUGCAUCUUCUCAGAUGGAUUCAUUAAUGCAAGUUUAUUCUACCUCCGGUCAUGGGAACAGCAUUAAUUCUACUAAACCUGUAAAUAGCAGUGCUGUAUCAACAUCUUCUUUGCAUUCCUCUCGGGACCUAACAUCAGUAUUAUCGUCACCUGUUUCCAAAACAGGGUCAUCUCAUCAAAGUACAGUCUCUACUUCAGGACGAGGAGUUUCAGAACAAAUCUCACAACCACGUUCCCAUUCUGCACCGAUGAUUGCAACCACUUACCAAGCAGUUGCUUCAGCAAUGCAGCAAGGAGCCCCUAUCCUUCCUGGAAACAAAGACAAUAUAAGAAAUGUUUACAACCAGGGAACUGCUUCUGAUUUGAGAGCACCACCUCAAAUAAAUAGACAUUCACAAAUAAGAUCAAGUCAAUCUUCGGUUGAAUCUUCUCCAAACUCCCAGCUGUACAAUCAUCCUGCCAGUGCAUCACAGACACGCAUUUCUCCAGCAGAAGUCUCACCUCAUCUCACACAGUUGCUUGAGAAGCAGAACUGUCCCAGAGUAAGCAAUAGUAUGCCCUCAUUAAUUAAAGUAUCCUCAUCCAGACGCCCAAACAAUGACAUUAUGAACUACAUUCAGGGGAAUAGCAAUGCACAAGCUGCUAGGAUGAACCUGGAACCCUUCACUGGGAUUCGUGACAGAACUGAGGCUUUAGCUAGUUUGGGAUUGCAAAGAGCAGCACCACAUAAUCAAUAGACUGCCGCAAUCUGCCAACAAGGACAGUCGCAUCAAUUCUUUAUUUGGUUGUUGAGUAUUUGUUUGUAAGGUUGAUUUUAGGAAAGAUGUGAUUACUUACUAUUACUUUGUGAGGUCAGGCAUGUUUUUAUAUGGACCACAACUUUAACUGGCUAAGAGUUACCUGUACAUACCAGUACACUGGAGCAGGGGAACAUAGCUGGACCUUGGAGUAAAUAUUCCAGUCCGGCAAUUUAUUGACAACCUUCUCUUUUAUGGACAUGCCUGUGUGGACAUAGUGCAGGCAAUUGUAUCCCACAAUGCCAUGGUGCAAUCCUUGAGAAAUUUGAAUGAGUGCCACUUUUCACCAUUUGUUUUCCAUGACAUUAUUAGAAGUUUUAUAAAUUUUAUAAGAUGUUUUGAAAUAGAGCAUUAAUAUAUUAAGAAGUUAGACGUGGCACUCAACAGAAGUUUUGGAUACUACUGUGAACAGCCAGCUGACACCCACCUCUGAUGCAAACUUUGAACUAUGCAUACAACCUGUCAACAUAUACAGCUGCUGUCAGUGUAUGGAACUAGUAUCUUACUAUGAUGUAGUGUGGCUUUAGUAUAUGUGCGCUAAUUUUAGUGAAACUAAUAAAUCUAUUGAAUGGUUUCCAACCAUUGUACCAUAUAAGUGGUUGACUCACG